GUCCAGCCAACGCCGGCCACCCUUCGCGAGAUACGCCCCUACUGGAUCUGCAGAGCUGGAAGGAGAAAAGGCGGGAGGGCGACCGCGCGCAACCAGUGAAGGAAGGUAAGCUGCGGGCCCACCUCGCCGCGGUGGCCGCCAAGCCUAAGGAAGCGCUGGCGAGACUUCGGAGGGACUUCUUCGCGAGCACCUCUCUGAAGCCCAAGGCCUCCAGGAAAAGGUUGGUUCUCAAGGUGGCGUCAGAGGUCGCAACUUCUCUAAGGGGCGGCGGUGACCCGAUGCCACUUUGCACUAAAGUCCUGGAAGCCACCGCGGCGGUCUUCAAGGAAGCAGGCUACAAGUCAGCUGAAGCCUACCUAGUGGAGCUUAAGCUGAUUCAUGUGGAGGCCGGCCACCCGUGGACCCACGCACUUCAGCGGUGCCUGGACCUUUGCAAGAAGUCGGUCCGGAGGAACAGGGGGCCGAGAAAGAAAGCUCUGGCCUUAAACCUCGACAAGGCGGCGGCAACGAAGGUUUCGAAGAACUGGGUGCGGAGGAAAGGGAGGCUGGCACACCCAAAGGAGAGCUUUCUGUUCGCCGGGGUCUGGAUGCUCAGGGAAGAUGAGCUGGAAAGGGUGGAGACCUCAGACGUGAGGAUAGAGGACAAGCUGGUCUACAUCUACCUGGCGCACUCCCAGACCGACAUAGAAGCUCAAGGCGGAAGUGCUCCACGUGGCCAAGAAGACGAGGGGUCGCAGGAGAUCCGGAGCCCUCUUUUACAUCAGGUCCGGCUUCGCCUUGGAACAGGCCGUUGGAAGUCGGAUGUUGUGUUGGAGUACGCCGCGGAAGCCCUCGAAGAACGUCCAGCCUUGGAGGGGGAAAAGAAGGGAGGAAAGAAGAGGAAAGCGUGUGGCGUCGACGCGGACUUCUCGUCGGUCCUCAUGGACCACACCAGUUUGUUCAAGGAGAUGAAGGAGGCCAACGAGGAGUUUAAGAGCAAACUCCAGGACAACCUGGCCAACUACCUCGACAUCGUGGAAAAGUCGAAGGCCAACAGCACAGGAUCUUCCACGGCCCAG